AUGCUUAGAUUGAUAACUAGAACACACUCCUUCAGAGCUGUGGGAAUCUGCAAAAGACCAAAUAUUGUAUCGAAAUGGAUUCCUAUUCGUAAUUUUCAAAUCUCGCCAAUAUUAGCUAAGAAAAAUAAGGUUAAAAGUGGAAACAAAAACAAGAAUGAAGCACAAGAAAUAGAAGAAGACAGUACCGAUAAUCAAGUCCCAGAGAUAGAUUUUGAUGAUGCAACUAACAAAUUCAAGGGUGUCAUUGAAAGAUUUAGUAAGCAGGCAAAUGAAGCAAAAUUAGGUAAAACCAGUCCAAAUAUUUUUGAUAAGUUGAUGGUAGAAACUGCAGACGGUGAAAUUGGAUUCACUUCAGUAGCACAAACAACUGUCAAGGGAAGGAAUUUCAUGAUUACAGUAUUUGACCCGUCUAACGUUAAAUCAAUUAUUAAUGCUGUGUUAGGAUCUGAUUUAAAUAUGAAUCCUCAAGUUGAUCCAUCAAAUAAGCAAACCUUGAAGGUUCCAUUACCACCUUUGACUACCGAAAGUAAAAAGGAAAAUGCAAAGCAAUUAAAAUUAGUUUAUGAAAGAUUUAAGAAUGGAUCUGGAAGAGCAAAUGGGUCUUUAGCUACUAUAAGAGGUGACGUUAAAAAUAAAUUUCAAAAGCAGCAUAAAAAGAAGAAGUUAAGUGAUGCAGAAGAAAAAAUAUUUAAGGACUUUGAAAAAUUACAUAAACAGUACACUGAUAAGUUAACUGAUGUGUUUAAAUCCGCUGAACAAGCAAUACUUAAAUAA